AUGACAUUCAGCUUGCCUGAACUUGUCCUUGGCAUUUUGCGACAUCUGCCGCAAAGGAGCGACGUGCUCAACGCCGCCUGCGUCAAUCAAGUCUUCAGGGAUGUGGCCGUCGGCAGGAUGCUGCGCAAGACCCAAUUAAGGGCUCGCGUGACGCACAAGAAGCUGUGGAGGUAUCUGAUCGCUAACCCGGAAGGCGCAAGACUGAUCACUCGUCUAGACAUCACCCGAGGCUGGCCGGAUGUGCACAGCGAUGGACAGGAGUGGGAGGCCAGAUUGGAUCCGGCCGUUGCAGAGGUCGUGCCGCUCGGCUUCGAGAGGCCGGCCGAUGAGGGCACCUUCCAAUGGCCCAAUUCAAUCCUAAGUGCGAGUGAACGAGCGGAUCACAGCGAUAAUGUCGCAGAACAAGAAGCAGCUCUGGAUGCGCAAGUGCAGCAUGUCUCUGAAGGCGAGCAUCUCCUCGUCUCUGCUCUCGGCAAUCUGACAUCACUGGAGACGUGAGCACCAGCUCCAUGCCCGCAGGUCGAUGCAUGACGGCAGCUGACGAACCGCUUCCCAUACAUGUCCUAGUUUUGUGUGGGAUUCUGCGACGCCUUGCCAGCCUUCUGGUCCCGAAUCACGAGCAGAUAUCUGGGGUGCGCUGCGCGCAUCUUGUCCAAAUCUUCGGCGAUUAUAUGUCAACGACUACAGUGGUGGCUCGCCGUAUCAGCCAAAGCCAGCCAGACGAAACGCAUUUGAAGAGGAGACUGCGCGCUUGGAACGAAGGCAUCCUCCCAUUUGGGGUCCGCAAGUUCGUACUGGCAUCCCAUCCGUUACGCCACCGUAGAUCUGCUCAAGGAACGGCUGACGAUGAGUCCAAAUGCCGAUUCUGCAGUUCUUUGACAAUGUGUCAGGCUUGACACAUUUCAGCUUCACGACCUGGGCCUUUUGGGCUGACGAGGAUGCCGUAGAAGACUUGGAAUGCACAGACUUGGAAGAGCCCCUUCGAAAGAGGUGUCCGGACCUUCGCGUAAGUCACGUUCCUCAUCGCCCUGCCAUCUCAGCUUCCUCUGACGUUGAUCGGUGUUUGCGAGCAAUGCUAAAGUUUCUGGAGCUGCAGAUGCACCUGAUGCCGUACGACACCGCAACAUUGAAUGUGGACAGCUUGUUGAACAGUGAAGCCGGCACACCCUGGGCAAACCUGGAAGCUUUGAGGCUGUACAAUUGCGGAGCGACUAGACCCGUGGUCGAAAAAUUCAUCGAGACGCACCCAAAGCUCCAAGAGCUGCAAGCGAUUCACACCGGAAAAUUAGACGACACGUGGCAAGAGGAGGAGGCCUACGAAGACCUGAAGUUCGCUGAAGGCAUUGAAUUGUCCAUACCUCGUGGCAGAGUCAAGGUGAAGGACCGGCUUGCGAAGGUUGAGCAAAUUUUCGGGGCCGAGGCUUGGCGAUUCGCUUGGCAUUCAGCUCAGGACGAGUGGAAGAGAGCAGGACGAUACUACUUCACGUGA